GCGUUAUUGGUUGCAAAUGACUACCAUCAACAAAUGUGCUGUCCGCUCUCGGUCCCCUCUCUCUUCCAGAAAUUUCCUCUUUGCUCCAAAACCCUCCAAAAAACGAAAAUUAAUAAAAACGACUUCCAACAAAGAAUUACAAGUUUGUAAAUUUGGAAUCACAUAACAAGGGAACAACUCUAAACGAUCGCAAACCCUACAAGUCUCGCGAGGUCCGACGGGUUUGCGGAUCAGCUAUUGAUGAUUCCUCCCCUUAUUUGAUCGGCAUCGAUUGUAAUCAAUAACCUAUAUAUUUGUUGGCAUUUGCAGAGACUGUUGAAGGCACAUCAUGGUAACCACUGCUGCUGCAUGUCUCCCAAUAGCUCCAAUUUCUGACACCUCUGGUAGAACAUUGGGAAAGAUUUCAGGAGGGGUCCCUGCAAGUGUUGAUGCUCGUGGAACAAGCAUUAAAUCAAGAUCCGCAUCUUCAGGAAGAGUUCGGGUUAAAGCUAAUGCACAAGCUAUACCCAAGGUUAAUGGGACCAAGGUAGGAACUCUGGAUGGCCUUAAGACUGAGAAUGAGGUGCCUGUGUCUAUGUCACCUCCCCCAAGGACGUUUAUCAACCAGUUGCCUGACUGGAGCAUGCUCCUUGCUGCCAUUACUACAAUAUUUUUGGCAGCAGAAAAGCAAUGGAUGAUGCUUGAUUGGAAGCCGAAACGGACAGAUAUGCUUGUUGAUCCUUUUGGGUUGGGGAGGAUUGUGCAGGAUGGUUUGGUAUUUCGUCAAAAUUUCAGUAUAAGGUCAUAUGAGAUAGGGGCUGAUCGAACUGCUUCGGUAGAGACACUGAUGAAUCAUUUGCAGGAAACAGCUCUAAACCACGUAAAAAAUGCUGGAUUACUUGCUGAUGGCUUUGGUUCAACACCGGAGAUGUGCAAACGGAAUUUGAUUUGGGUAGUUACUAAAAUGCAAGUUCUUGUUGAUCGUUAUCCUACAUGGGGUGAUGUUGUUCAGGUAGAUACUUGGGUGGCUGCAUCUGGGAAGAAUGGUAUGCGCAGAGAUUGGCUAGUGCGUGAUAGCCGUACAGGAGACAUAUUAACUAGAGCUUCAAGAUGGUGUGAGAUAGAAGAAGCUAAGAAGGCUGAUGAUCAGUUUUGUGUCCCAGCCUCAGUUUUAUCUAUGAUUUUCAAAGGGCCUCUUGAGCGGAAAGUGGAAGCUGAUGGAAUUCUGUGGGUAAUGAUGAAUAAAGAAACGAGGAGGUUAUCUAAAAUUCCAGAUGAAGUUCGAGAAGAAAUUGGUGGCUAUUUUGUGGAUUCUCCUCCCACUAUAGAUGACGAUAACAGGAAGCUGCCAAAACUUGACGACAAAACUGUGGAUUAUAUCCGUUCUGGCUUGACUCCUAGAUGGAGUGAUUUAGAUGUGAAUCAACAUGUGAAUAACGUAAAAUAUGUUGGUUGGAUUCUUGAGAGUGCUCCACUACCUAUAUUAGAGACCCACGAGCUUGCUGGCAUGACUCUUGAGUACAGGAGGGAAUGCAUGAGGGAUAGUGUGCUUCAAUCCCUCACCUCUGUAGUGGAUAAGGAUAAUAAUUGUGCUGUUGACUCGGAAAAUGCUGUUGUCGAGUGCCAGCAUUUGCUUCGAUUGGAGGGUGGUGCUGAGAUUGUCAAAGGCAGGACUGUGUGGAGGCCCAAAUAUUCCCACACUGCUGCUUAGUGCCUGAUUGCAGGUCUGGAACUAGCACUCAUCCAUUAUCCGUAUUUUGUCGAUUCCUGUGUAAUGUCCCGACUCCAAAUUACGUUUUUUCCUUAAUUUUCUAUUUUUACUUUUCUCCUCAAUUUUUAUUUAUUUUUUUUAAAUUGUUUUUCCAUAAAGAUAUUUGUCAGUUUGUUUUAAGUUAUUGUAACUUUGUAAGUACCUCCUCUCUCUCUCUCUGUCUUCUCAAUCUUGGCUGCCACAGCUGCGCCUAAGCUCAGGCAUGUGUCAGUCUCCUACUCUGUUGUUUGUAUUAUUUAUUGUUUGCUAGUAAAGUUAGGUUUUCUAGAUAUUGCAAGACGUUUUCUCUCUAAUUUAUUGUUUGCCACUGAAAUUAAGUAUUUCUAGAUAUAAGCUGUCAACUGCGUGUUACAUUUGAACUCCUUUCUGGCAUAUAAACAGAA